GUUGUAAGUGAGGACUGUAUUAAAAAAAAUGGAAGUGGCACAAACUCCUCUACAAUUAACUCAGGACCAUCAAGAUGGGAGAAUUGCGGUAGAAGACAACUCACUGCGCUGGUCGCCACCAACGUCUGCGCUGGUUGCAGCCGCUUUAGCGCCGCCCGCACUGCGACCCUGGCUACCAGAUCCACCGCACAAGAAGGCCAACCACUUGGGUUUGGUGUGCGUGGUGUGCGGUGACACCAGCUCCGGCAAACACUACGGUAUCCUCGCGUGCAACGGCUGUAGUGGAUUUUUCAAAAGAUCCGUCAGAAGAAAACUUAUAUACAGAUGUCAGGCGGGCACGGGGCGGUGCGUAGUGGACAAAGCGCACAGAAAUCAAUGCCAGGCGUGUCGUCUCAAGAAGUGUCUCGCUAUGGGAAUGAACAAAGAUGCUGUACAGAACGAGCGACAGCCUCGUAAUACUGCCACCAUACGACCUGAAGCACUCAGAGAUAUGGACCAGGAGCGUGCACUACGAGAGGCAGCCGUCGCUGUUGGUGUUUUUGGUCCGCCGGUGUCGCUAGCCAUGGCGCUGUCUCCGGCGCGCUACCCGCUGCUGUCGCCGCACUACCCGCCGCUGCCCGCGCCGCCGCCGGACUCCUCGCGCGAUAUCGAACAUCACACCGAUAGUGACGAUGACAGUAUCGACGUUACUAAUGAAGAAGAUUCCACAUCUUAUUCUCCGCCUGCGAUAACUAACUAUCCACAGAACUGUCCACCGUACAGACCAUUGGGUGUGGAGAGUUCAGCGGAGACGGCGGCGCGGCUUCUCUUCAUGGCGGUCAAAUGGGCGAAAAAUUUACCUUCUUUCGCCAGUUUGGCUUUCAGAGAUCAAGUGAUCCUGCUGGAGGAGGCGUGGUCGGAGCUGUUCCUGCUGAACGCCAUCCAGUGGAGCUUGCCGCUGGACGCCGCGGGCUCCGCGCUCUUCGGCAGCGAACAGACAGACCAGGGCGGCGGCUGCUCGGAGACGCGGCGGCGGCUGCGCGAGGUGGCGGCGCGCUACCGCGCGGUGCAGGUGGACCCCGCCGAGUUCGCCUGCAUGAAGGCCAUCGUGCUCUUCAAGUCCGAGACGCGCGGGCUGAAGGAGCCGCUGCAGAUAGAGAACCUGCAGGACCAGGCGCAGGAGGCCAGUCUUUAA